UUUUGUUGUCAUUCAUCCAGUCGUCCACGCGACACUCCACGCGGAGGCAAUCUCGCCUCUUACGGCUCCUUCUUCCUCCACAUCUUAUCGCGCCUUCACUACGCUGCGUAAACGCGUGUUCUUGUCCACAAUCAGCCGUUAAAAGAACGUCGUUCGAUCCGAACAAAAUCUAUUUUCUCGGAAGGGUGAAGUUGAGCGGCGGGGGAAGUUGACCGUGGAUGACCAGCUCGCGUUUAAAAGGUGCGUGCUUUCAAAGCGUCAGGCUGAAUUUAAAGCGAAAUGGCAAAGGGACAAACACAGGGGAGUAGAAGGUGGGACGUGUUGGUUUCCCUGUGCAGAAAGUGCGAGUCAACCGUGUGCCCAGCGGGGUGGGCAGGCACGGAAAAGUGGGUGGUAGCAACUGAAGCGUUAGAAAAAAUCCCCAUUCUAUUUUAACCGUCAACGCCGCGCACUAGUCUGCCCAGUCAGCGGAAACCUUUCCCGGUGUCAGGGAUACCAACGCCGGCGUGGAUCAUUGGCGAUGUGACCCACGGAAGGUGGAUCUCUUUUCUUCCAUGGGACUUGACUGACCUGAGUCCGCUGCACCUUCUCUGUGAACUUUGUCGGAGGUCACUGUUCUACUUAACCACCCAAAAGGAGAGCUUCAUUUUGCCUGGAACACUGGAUAGACGGACGGACGCACUGCCCCGUGUUCUACUUUUCAUGGAUUCCAGGGUGGCUCUACUGCACUUAUGGACAUUCCUUGUCCUGACAGCAGAACUAAACUGGAUUGAUACCGCAGAGGUCUACACUAACGACUGGGCUGUCCAUAUUAAUGGGGGCCCUGAGGAAGCUGACCGCAUCGCUAAAGAACACGGUUUCAUCAACCAUGGAAACGUUUUUGGAGAUUAUUAUCACUUCAGACAUCACGCCGUGGAGAAGAGAGCUUAUUCUGGCCACAGAAGGAUGCACCUCAGACUACAACAAGAAGCACAAGUUCUAUGGGCAGAGCAGCAGGUGGUAAAAAGGAGGAAAAGGAGGGAUGUCUUUGAGGACCCAACGGACCCUGAUUUCCCGAAGCAGUGGUACUUGGUGUGUUCCACCCCAACUCAUCAGGACUUGAAUACCAAAGUAGCCUGGGCUCAGGGUUACACUGGAAAAGGUAUUGUGGUGACUAUUCUGGAUGAUGGCAUUGAAAAAGACCACCCUGAUCUCAUCAGCAAUUAUGACCCAGAGGCAAGCUACGAUGUUAAUGAUGGAGAUGCUGACCCCCAACCAAGAUACACCCAGCGUAAUGAGAACAGACAUGGGACUCGAUGUGCUGGAGAGGUUGCAGCUUCAUUUAACAACGGCAUUUGUGGCGUGGGUGUAGCCUAUAAUGCUAAAAUUGGAGGAGUCCGUAUGUUGGAUGGGGAGGUGACAGAUGUGGUGGAGGCCCACUCUCUUAGCCUCAACCCGCAGCACAUCCAUAUUUACAGUGCCAGCUGGGGUCCAGAAGAUGAUGGCAAGUCGCUGGACGGCCCUGCUAAACUGGCCAAGGAGGCUUUCCAGCAGGGAAUCACAAUGGGACGGAGUGGACUUGGCUCCAUUUUCAUCUGGGCCUCAGGAAACGGUGGCAGAGAGCAGGACAACUGCAACUGUGAUGGUUACACCAAUAGUAUUUUCACAUUGUCCAUCAGCAGCACGACGCAGUACGGCAGUGUGCCGUGGUACAGUGAACCAUGCGCCUCCACCCUUGCUUCUACCUUCAGCUCGGGAAACCCAGGGGAGAAACAAAUAGUGACAACAGACCUCAGGCAGAAAUGCACAGACUCUCACACAGGAACGUCAGCUUCAGCACCCCUGGCUGCUGGGAUCAUUGCUCUGGCACUGGAGGCCAAUAUGAACCUCACCUGGAGAGACAUGCAGCACUUGGUGGUUAGAACGGCCAGGCCCAAAAACCUCAGCGCUGGAGACUGGAGGACGAACGGUGUGGGACGCAGAGUGAGUCACUCCUACGGUUAUGGUCUCCUGGAUGCCGGAGCAAUGGUGGCUUUAGCAAAGAACUGGACCAGAGUGGGGCUCCAGCACCAGUGUAAUCACACCAUGCUCACAGAACCAAGGGAUAUCGGUAACAAGCUGGUGUUCAGUAAGAGCAUUGAUGCCUGCUGGGGGCGUCCCAACUACGUCAGCUCUCUGGAGCACGUUCAAGCUCGUCUCACUCUCCUCCACAACCAGAGAGGAAAGCUGGCCAUUCAUCUCCUCAGUCCACUGGGAACACGCUCCACCCUCUUGUUUCCCAGACCGAAUGACUUCUCCACUGAGGGAUUCAAUGACUGGGCCUUUAUGACAACCCACUCAUGGGAUGAGGAUCCUCAAGGAGAAUGGACCUUGGAAAUAGAAAACGUUGCACCGAACGGCCGUGACUAUGGUGUGUUGAGUCAGUUCAAUCUCGUCCUGUGGGGGACAGGUCCGAGUGUGAUCAGCCCCUUGUCAUCUGACUUUCCUCGGCCCUCCAACAACAGUUGCAAGACGUUUGAUGCCCAGCAAAUCUGCAUAGAAUGCAGUCCUGGCUUCUCGCUCUUCCUCCAAGGCUGUGUGAAGUUUUGUCCUCCUGGUUUCACGUCAGGUCCUCAGCUCCUCAACCUGUCCCUGGAGAACUGGGUGGACUUGUCUUCUGUCCAAGCCUGCUUGCCCUGUCACCCCACAUGUUUGACCUGCUCUGCUCUGGGUCCCUCCGACUGUCUUUCCUGUUCGCCUCACAGUCGCCUGGUCCUCGCGUCCUGCCUCCACCAGAAUCAAGUCCAACGCAAAUCCCCCUCGGCCGCAGGUGAGCCAGCAGGAGAGGAGGAUAAAAGAGCAGGUAAGACGCCUCCUGACCUCAGCGCGUCUCCGCCCACUCAACUUCCUGCCGUGGUGGCUGUGCUCAGCUGUGCCUUCAUCCUGGUGGCCUUUGUGGGAGUUUUUCUCUCGCUACAGCUGCGCUCCGGCGGCGCGUCCUCCAGCUGGAGGACCAAACUGACCUCCGUGUGCUCCGACAUGAGGGGGGGGGCGCAGGUGACAUUCGGUUUGGGCUCGGGCCGAGGUCAAACGUCGAAGGCUCGCAUUUGCUACAGGGGGAUCCCCACCGUGUGGGGGGACGAGGACAUGGCCGCCUACGAGUCUGAAUCAGACAGCGAGGAAGUGGACAGCCGCAGUGAAAGGACAGCUUUCAUCAAAACGCAGAGUGCCAUCUAGUUGGCGUGACAGAGAUGGCACUUGGCGAGAUGUCCUUUGUAGCCUGGGGCAAAAAGAUCUUAUUGUCCCAUUCUAUUUUUUUUUGUUUUGUAUGUAUUCAAACGUGUUAUUUUAGUCUUUAUUUAAUGAUUUAAGUCAUGAUUCAGUGCUUCAAGCAGCUACAGUGGGGCAAAAAAGUAUUUAGUCAGCCACCGAUUGUGCAAGUUCUCCCACUUAAAAUGAUUACAGAGGU